AUGGCGGCAUCGAAGACAAGCAUGAUCGUGGCGGUGGUGGUCGUGGCCGCGCUGUGCCUGGGCGGCGCGCGGCCGGCGGAGGCGUGUAACGGCCACCCGUGCCCCUCUCCGGCGGGACACUGCCCGGUGAACGCGGUGAAGCUGGCGGUGUGCGCCGACGUGCUGGACGGGUUGAUCCACGUGGUGCUGGGGCCGCAGCCGGCCAAGGAGCCCUGCUGCUCCCUCAUCUCCGGCCUCGUCGACCUGGACGCCGCCGCCUGCGUCUGCCUCGCCAUCAACGCAAACGUCCUCGGCAUCAACCUCGACAUCGAUGUCGACCUCACGCUGCUGCUAAACUACUGCGGCUGCAAGGUGCCCAAGGGCUUCACCUGCGCCUGA